GCAUGGUAACUGCAACGGCGAGACAGGGCAGUGCGAUUGCCCAUUCGGCCUUGCAGGCCCCGCAUGCACGGAACGGCUGUUCCCCGCCUGCCACUCCAGCCACGAGGCCGACACGCUGCCACACAUCGGCACUUGGUAUCCCAAAAACUGCUAUUGCGCGAAACAGCUGCUAGCGAAUCCCUACAGCUGUCCCAAGUACGAGCACGGCGAUGCACGCGCCUUCUGCUUGUAUGAAAUCCUCAUGGAGAAAGAUCUGCUCUGCUACCGGUACAAGAGCCUGCCCGAGUCGGCCCAGCUGUCCGACUCGCCGCCCAUGGACCACCCGGACCUGGAGUGGGUGCGCAUGGCGCCCUACCCCAACCUCAAUGAGAGGGUGCUGACUGGGGAGGAGGUGCCCAAGGAGUACAAGACGCCUGACCAGGGAACGUGGCGACCCCUGACGGAGUGUCCGGGCAAUUGCAGCCACCGCGGGUGGUGCCAAGUACACGGCGGAAACCAGGAGGGGCAGCACACUCAGGACGACAAGCCCUGGUGCUACUGCCACUCGUACUUUUCAGGGGAGUCCUGUGAGCGGGCGGAGAACUACCACUGCUACCGUAACUGCAGUGGUGUGGGCACCUGCCUGUCUGGGUGGUGCCACUGCCAGCCCGGCUACUGGGGCCAUGGGUGCACUCGGAGGAAGGCGUACAGCAGCACAGUGGGUUGGCGGCCAAACCAUGCGGACAUGAAGAUCUAUGUGUACGACCUGCCAAACAUCAUUGUGCACCGGAAGGCUGGCGACCCAUGGGCUCUUAUCGACGCCAUGUACAACGCUGAGCUCGAGUUCACGGAGCAACUGCUCGGGGAUUGGGGCGUUCGUACGGAAAACCCGUGGGAAGCGACCCUGUUCUAUGUGCCCAUGUUUACCUACUGGUAUACGGGCAACGUGGGCAACACCUACCACAUCAUGCAGCACGUCACGCACCACCUGCAGCGCAUGGCGCCCUUCUUCAACCUCACGGGAGGCAGGAACCACAUCAUGUGGGCAACAAACGACCGGGGGGUGUGCGGGUUGGCGGGAGCUCCGCCGGAAGUGCAGCACUCCAUUAAGUUGGUACACUUCGGACAGUCCCCUCGCCGCAGCCACUACCUGCCCUCCCAUCUGGCGGGCGCUGGGGCCGGGAGCGGCAUCUCGCUACCCCAGCCGGGCCACCGGUUUGAGGAGUUCCCCGAAUUCAAUGCCGGAAAUGUGGUAGCGGAGAGCGAGCAGUGCUACGGGCCUGAAAAGGAUGUUGUGGCUCCUAACGUGGUACCUUUGACUCCUAGUUGGUACGACCAGGUAUGGAACACAACCUUUUUGUCCGAUGGUAGCCGGGUGGUCACGAGGAGACCCGACGCGCCUGCUCGCACAACCACCCUCUUCUUUGGGGGUUACUCAAAGCCAGACAUGACUUACAGUCAAGGGGUACGGCAAGCGCUAAACAAGAUGUUUGGGCCUGGCGGCAAAUACGAUCCACAGAGCCCCAACGCUCGCAAGGACAUUGUUAUCAUGGGCCCCCCUCCCAACACCUUUACGGAGUUGAUGAAGUCCAAGUUCUGCCUUGCCCCCAUGGGCGGCGGCUGGGGCAUCCGGCUCUCCAAGGCAAUGCUGCUAGGCUGCGUGCCAGUCAUCGUACAGGACCACAUUUACCAGCCCUUUUGGGACGUUGUCCCCUUUGAGGACUUCUCGCUCCGCAUCUCGCGUCACGACCUGCACCAGCUAGUAGACCUCCUGGACAUGAUCACACCGCAGCAGCUGGAGAGGCUACAGGCGGGAGUGGAGAAUUACCACAGGGCGUUCAUUUGGGAGGCACACUAUGGUGGCUUGGCUUACAAUUACACAGUAACGGCUCUCAAGCACCGAGCGCUGAACAUGUGGAGUGGCAACUAUCAUCAUCACCGGAGCAGCAGACGCCACCACCGCCACCAACGACACAGGUCAAAGUGAUACCUAGCACCUUGCCUUACUUUUCAAUGUGGCUUAUU